AUGCCCAUUAAUGCGGACGCCACCAAGCUCAUUGGAAAGACACCCACGGUGUGCUUUGCUCAUUGGCUGUGCUGCCCCGUCCUGAAUCUGCCUGGCGACAUGCGCGCUGCCGCCGCGCAGGCGCACGACAAGUGCUACGACAAGAAUGGCUACUUCAACUGCGACUGCGACAAGAAUAUCCUGGAAUGCCUUCAGGGCGUGUUCAUCUCCAACGGGCCGCGGCGCGAGGACCAGAACGCGUUCAAGACGGCGGCGAUGCUGUACUUCAGGAAUGCGCCGUGCAGGUCAUCAGGGGGGUCGUGGUCGUUCUUCCGUUUGUCGGUGCGUGGCACAACGUGCCAGGGGCCCGAGGCUCAACUCAACAACGGCGAGCAGCAGCCCGGCAGCGGCGGCGGCGGGCGGCAGACUCGCUCCAUUAUGCCUUUUCGCCCGCGGGCGCUCCUGGCGUGGGCGGUGCUGGUGGUGCUGAUGCUCUCCGGGGUGCAGGCGCGGCAUCGCGACGACGCGCCAAGCUGGCCCCUGUACGGCAACUGGUGCGGCCCCAACCAUGGUGGGGACGCGGCUCCCAUCGACCCCCUGGACACCUGCUGCCAAGCGCACGACAAGUGCUAUGCAGCGAGCGGCUACCUGAACUGCACCUGCGACGAAAAGAUGGUGUCGUGCCUGAACGACGUCAAAAUCCCGCAGGCCUCUGAAUUCAAGGGGCAGCGGAUAUUCAGGGCGGUCGCGGUCAUGUACUUCAAACUGUCGCUCUGCCGGACGGCGGGCGCGUGGACUUGGAUGCGGCUCGCGACGAUUGCCUCGUCGGCCGUCGCGUCGCGGUGA